GCGGUUUGUCGUGUUUUUGCUAUUAAAAAUGAAUGGAGUAAAAGAGGAGUUACAAGAUUCUUUGACAGAACAGACCAUGGCUUCGGAGGAAACUUAUGAUGUGAAUUCCACUGAGAAAAAGACUAAGAAUUCAGAUUCAUACGCUGAUUCUGAUCCUGUAGUAGAAAUUCCAAGCUUAACUGGAAGCCAGGAAAUUCGGAGGUCCCAGAUAACUAAUUCUGAUAUCAAAGCUUUGGUGGUGAGAUGUACCUCAUGCACACAACAAAUAAAUCAUUUUGAACCUGAUAAAGUACGAAAACAUCGUCGUUUGAAUGUAAUAAUAUGUAAGGAUUGUGAAUCAUUUUAUGGUUGCAGUGACUUUUCCCAAGAUGAAAAUGGUUAUUAUAAUUACUGCACAUGGUGUGGAAAUGGAGGAAAACUGUAUUUAUGUGAUGAUUGCCCAAAUGGUUUCUGUAGCACGUGUGUGCGUCGAAAUUUUGGACGAGCUGAAGUCUCUAAAAUGAAUAGGGAUGGUUGGAAGUGCUAUCUGUGUAACCCAAGGAAACUGAAACAAAAAAUACUGUUUUAUGAGUUGAUUAAAAGUUUCAGUAUAAAGGAAAGUAUCAAAAAAGAAAAAAGGUUAAGUGUUUCUACUGCAGAUAAUAAAAAUAUAAUUGCAUCUGAAAGUUGGGUGACGGCGUCAUUUGAUAGAACUGAUGAUGAAAAUAAAAAUUUCCAGAAAAAAAUUAAUAAAUUGAGAAACAUUGAAACAACUCAUUCUAAGAGCCUAAAACAUAUUGUUAAAAAAUUUGAACAACUUAUUGUUAAUCAUAAUUCUGAAUUAAAAAAAAUCAUGAAAGCUUUACUACAACAGUAUUCUGUGUUUGUAAAUUCUAAACUUAAAACUGAUAGUGCUAAUGAACAGCUUGAAUCGGCAAAUUGUGAAAAAAAUGUAAAUGUGAUAGAUUUAACUGAAGAUGUUGGAAGUAAAGAUAUAGAUUCUAAGUCAAAUGAGAGUGUAAAUAUUUUAUCAGUGAAUGAAACUAAUAAGGAUGUAUGUGUACAAGAAGCUGAUGGGGAUAAAAAUGAUACUUCUUUCAAAGAUAAACUUGAAGAAAAUGCUUCUGUUGAAGACUCUGUUCUUAAUUCUGCUACUGCAGAUGAAAAAACUGAAGUUUUAGAUGCUAAUCUUAAAGCCAAAAUGGCAUUACUUGAUGAUUCAGAUUCUGAAAGUUGUAGGGAAGGAAAGAUCCUUUCUACUUCCCCUUCAAAAUCUAAUGAUUCUAAAAAUAAAUUAUUGAAAGAUGGCAAUAAAGAUAACAACAAAAUAUCAGUUUCAAAUACAAGUGGAGCUGAAAAGGAAGGUGGAGUAUUAGAUGAUGAUUCUGAUUCUGAAUUUGAAGAAGACGAUGAUAAGGAUGAUGAGGAUUUCAGUCCAUCAGCUUUCGAUUCAGAUAAAUUUAUCCCAAAUAAGAAAUCAAAGAAAAAAGUGCAUCAAAAGUUAAAACAUUUGAAAUCAGAUAAAGACAUUACUUCUUCAGAUGAAGGAUCUAGUUCAGAAAAAAGUGUUGUUAAGGAUAAGCAUGAAAGAAAAGUGAAGAAAAAAUUUUCUAAUAUUCCAGAUUAUGAAGAUCCUAAACUGAAAUUAAACGCAGUGGUUCUUGUUCAGAAGUGUGAUAAUAUAUUAAAUGGUGAAACAUCAAUAAAAUUGGAAAUCGAUAAGAUAGCUGAGCUCGAAAAAUUAGUAGAUCGUUUAUGUAAGUCUCCUGUACGGUCUAAAAAAAGAAGCAAAGGUAUUAAGCGUACCCCUUUAAAAGACAGGAAUUUUAAAGCUAAAAGAAAACUGAAUGAAUCAUCAAGUUCAAUUUCUUUAUCUUCAUCUGAUGAAAGCAUGCCAGAAAAAAGGGAAAAGAAACAUCUUGAUGUUUCAAAAAAAUCAGAUGGACCUGCUGAUCCAAAUAUUUUAGCAAAGAAUGAAUUGCUUCAGUCUGAUAGUGAGAGUGAUGCAUUAUCUUCAGAUUCUGAUGUUGUAAAGAAGAAGAAAGCUAAAAAAGUACCAAAAUCUAAGACAAAAAGUGAAGAGGAUUCAUCUGAUGAUUUUCAGCCUCGAAAAAAAAAGUACUGUAAAUUGCUUCGUGAACCUAUCUCAUUAAAGGAUGAUGAAUCUGAUGCAGGAGAGAAAAAUGCUAAUGAUAAAAA